GGGCGCAGGGUCGAAGGCGCGCGGUGGUACUAGCUCGAAGGGCGUCUCGAACCCGGCGCGGGCUGCGGCCAUGCGGGCGUCGGUCCUCCUCGACAAGAAGAACAAGGUCGACAUGCUCGGCAGCAUGUUCCAGGAGGGCGCGAUGGACCCGGCUCGUCUCGCCGGACAUCCGUGUCCUCCGGGAAAGGAGGACGGGUCGAUGAGGACCGACCUGAUGCCGUUCCAGCGCCAAGGGCUCGCCUGGAUGAUCCGCAUGGAGCACCCGGAGCUCCCCAAGACGGUCGAGGACCCGCCAGUUCAGCUUUGGAGGAUGCGCAAGGACGACGACGGCUACGCCUUCUACCAGAACGUCGUCACCGACUCGACGCAGCGCGACCCACCCAAGCUCAAGCGCGGCGGCAUCCUCGCCGACGAGAUGGGACUCGGCAAGACGAUGCAGACGGUCGCGCUCAUCUGCACGGACGACACGGGCGAGGGCGUGCUCGACGAGCCCGAGGAGCCCGACGAGCGCUACGACGACAUGACCCUCAUCGUAUGCCCGCUCUCGGUCGCGUCAAACUGGACCGAGCAGCUCAAGCAGCAUGUCGGCAAGAAGCGCCUGAGCUGGCACUUCUACCACGGCGAGGGCCGCGAGCUCACCAAGAAGCAGCUCCGCAAGCACGACGUCAUCAUCACGACCUACCAGACGAUCGCGGCCGAGGUCGAGGGCAGCAACUCGCGCAAGGGCUCUAGCGCUCCCGAGGACAAGCUCGGCAACAUGAACGAGGACGACGAGGACGUCGAGCCGCCGGGCAAAAAGCAGAAGAUCCUGAGCGAGUCGACGCUGCACGCGAUCAAGUGGCGCCGGGUCGUGCUCGACGAGGGCCACCUCAUCAAGAACCCCAAGGCCAAGAUGACUCGCGCGUGCACCCAGCUCAAGGCCGAACGUCGCUGGAUCCUGUCGGGCACGCCCAUCGUCAACGCCGCCGCCGACCUCGGCACCAUGGUCCAGUUCCUCCACGUCUGCAAGCCGCUCGACGACCCCGACGUGUGGAAGCAGCGCGUGACCAAAGUCGACGACGAGGCUCGAGGCCGGGCUCUGCGGGCCGUCGUGCUCUCUACGACUCUGCGUCGCACCAAGGACAUGGUCGGCAUAGACGGCAAGCCGCUCGUGCAGCUUCCCGAGGUCCUUCGCUACCAGCACCAGGUCGACCUCGGCAAGGACGACCGCGCCCUGUACGACGAGGUCGCGAGCGAGGUCGGCAAGAGCGUCAAGGCGUCCAUCGAGGACGGUUCGGCCAAGCCGAGCUACACCCACAUUCUUUGCCUUCUUCUCCGCCUGCGCCAGCUCGCCUGCGACCCGUCGCUCGUCCCCGCCGACUUUAUCGAGGACAUUCGCGACCGCAAACUCGCCGCCCGCAUCCAGCACGACCACGAGAAGGCGACGGGCAUCCCGUCCGGCUCGGGCCCGGUGUCGGCCGAGCAGCUGUCGUACCUUCGCGGGCUCCUGAGCGACGCCGUCGACGCGGGCGCAGAGUGCCUCGCGUGCGGCGGGUGGCCGAUGGACGGGCGCAUCACGAUUUGCCAGCACUUCUUCUGCCAGAACUGCAUCGAGGUCGCCGUCGACGCCCGCAGUGCGUGCCCGGCGUGCAACCACGUCCUGUCGCGCGAGCACAUCAUCGCGCCGGCGGCCGAGCGCAGCGUGUCACCGUUCGGCGGGUCGCGCGCAAGCAGCGUCGGCGGCGCGAGCUCGAGUCGUCACGGGAGCGCGGCGCCUGUCGAGAGAACAGCCAAGGCGGCGGCGCUCGUCACGCUCCUCAAGAGCUCGCCGCCGGGUGUCAAGAGCUUGGUCUUCUCGCAGUGGACCUCGCACCUCGACCGCAUCGAGGCGGUCCUCCACGCCGAGGGAAUCUCGACCUGUCGCUUCGACGGCUCGAUGAGGCAGGAGAAGCGCGCCGACGUCAUCCGCUCGUUCACGACGCCCAACAAGACGGCGACGGCGGGCAGCGCCAACGACAAGCAGAACCCGAUGGUCAUGCUCCUCUCGCUCAAGGCCGGCGCUCUCGGGCUCAACUUGACCGUCGCGAGCCAGGUCUUCCUCAUGGACCCGUGGUGGCAGCCGGCCAUCGAGCUGCAGGCCAUCGACCGCGUCAACCGCAUCGGCCAGACUCAGACGGUCCGGGUCUUUCAGCUCGUCGCCAAGGGCACUGUCGAGGAGCGGGUUCUCGCCAUCCAGGACAAGAAGGACGCGCUCAUCGCCCAGGCCUUCUCGGGCAACAAGAACGCGCCCAAGAGCAAGUCCAAGAUCGAAGUGUCGGACUUGGCGAGCAUCUUUGGCGUUUGAGCGGGAGCGCACGUUCCGAGGAGGAUCGAGCGCAGGCGCACGUUGACUCAAGCCGGGUCUGCCUCUCCCCCUCUCCCUCUGUCGUCGAGUCUCGUGCAGUACAAGCGCUUUCACCGUG